UGAGCGGGAAGGUGAGUACACAGUUUAUUUGCUGAUAAAAUAUUCGUAAUAUAUUCUAAAAUAACAAAUAGUUUUGUAACAAACUACUUCCAAGAUAUUUUGUUUCUCGUAUGCACUAGUAAAAAUCUGAUAUUAUUUGCUUAAAGCAUAAUAAUAAACUCCAAUGGCAGGUAAAAGAGAACAGAGCUAUGACGCCAGCAGCACAUAAUCAAACCAGAAUUUAUUACAAAAUAAAUAAAUAAAUAAAUUACUAAAGGAUGCGAUAGCAAAGGGACCUUGAAAUACAGCAGCAACAGAAAAGCUAACAGUUAUUUUCGUUGAUUUCAAACGUUCCUAGUCCCCGUGAAUCAAUGAAAAUGCCCGUGCGGGAAGAUAACAUUCAUGCUUACAUGAUAUCAGGAGGCUCUCCGGAAGCAUUCUCUCCGGCCAGGACUGCGUCUCUCUUGGAUUGGGAUGUGAACAUCUUUACAAGCUACAACCUCCAGGCGAAAGAUUCUGCGCAGGUACCUCUCCCAUGUUGGCUAUCGUUAUUAACCGAAUUUAAUGUAGCAAAAAAAAAAAAAAACAAACCCACACACAUCUUGUGGGUAGUCAGUUACAUGGAACGAUUUUCCGAUACACGUCAUUUUUAGCUUUUGCUAAGAUUUAACUAUUAACCAACCGUUUAUACUUGUUCUGCCAUUUGCGGUAUAUGGUGCUGUAAGAAACGUAUUUAAUUGUCGUAACUAUUGAUACUAAAAUUGAGUUAAUCAAGGGCGAACGCAAAUAUGGGACGAAAUAUCCAUGUGCCAAAUUAUCGCGAUAGCAGCACACGCAAUGGGCCAAAUAACAUUUGAGGUGUUUCUUUAAUGGUACUUAUUUGCCACUUUCUACCAAUAACGUGAACGCAUCAGAGCUUGCAUCCCGAGCAGAAUUGCAUCUUAUCCGGAAAGCCCACCACCGCCUUACCGUCUGCUGCACUAACGCACUAACAACGCCACUGCUUGCCAAAAAGUUUUGCGGAAAAAGUAAACAAUCAAAAUGGCCGUCGGGAGAGUGGCUGGUACGGGGAACAUCGGGUACUCUUCAAACUACCGGACUGGAGGGCGGUCCUACCAUGGCGGGAUAAAUGAGGAAAUCAUAUGGAUUAGCAUCGGGAUGGCGGUCACCAUCGCCAUCCUAAUCACGUUAGCACUGAUUUAUCUUGCAUACGAAAAGUGCCAAAAGCGACGGCAGCGCUACAUACAAGCGUGAAAAGUUGGCAACAGUAUGUGCCGUGUGCCAGUCCCCGAUACAGUCCCCCCGCAGUAUGAAUAGAUGUAGAGAGCAGCAGCAACACCGUUCAUCAAUACCAAAAACCAGCAACGUAGCUUAGACAAAAGAAUGAGAGAAAAAAAUCAUAACCAAAACCACAUAGCAAUUCUCUACCACCACUAAUGGACCAAACUAAUUAAAAAAGAAUGCCUCUUUACGGAAGCACUUAAAUAAAGUCAUAAGUAUAA